AUGGAUGGUAAGGAAGGGUCCGUCAGCAAGAGCCAGGUCACCCAGCGGAAAGCGCAAGGUAGAAGUCAUGCGGGUGCGGUGGAAGAGAGGAGCAGCAGCGAGAAAGAAGGUAGAGGAAGCAGGGAUGGCAACGAAGGCAAAGGAGGAGCGCAGGAGAACGGCGACGCGCAAGGCAACGGCGAGGCAAACGGAGUGGAAGGGGAAAAGAUAAAAAUCAGCACGAAGAGUAUAGUCCUAUUCCAAGUGCUGCUCUUCCUAUUGUUUUUUUUUGUGCUCCUGAUCGGGUCAUUUAACUUCAGCUUUAAGCUUUUCCAAGUUAGGGAAAAGCACCUGUACGAGGUCCUGAACAGCAUAAAGGAUUUGCCGUCCUGUGGGUAUGCGCAUUAUGGCACAAAGGCUGAAGAGGGAGGAGGGCCCAUCAGACACGAAAACCCAGAUCAGUUAAUCAACUGCACUAAUGACCUUUCAAACGAAACCCUAAAUUUUAAAUACUAUUUCACACGAGGGAAACAUUACAAAAAGACGGAGAAUAAUAUACAGAAGAAGAAUGCAGAUAUAAAAAUAUUCAUAUGCUUAAAUAAAAAAAAAAAAUUAUUCCAUUUUACCAAUUUUUACGAUGCCAUGCUAAGGGCUAAAAAAUGUGUACUCAAAAUUGUUACCUUUUUUUUUAACGAAAUAUGGAACGCCUUGUUUGCUAAAGAAUUGGAUAACUCCAAUGCGGUAGAAACGGAGCACAUGUUGAAUGGCGAUUAUGUAAAGUUUGGUGGGGAGGUAGCUGCGACGUACGCCCGAUUCCACAAAUCAAUGCAUCUUACAAACUCGUAUAGGAAAAAGUACUACGUCGAUAUGGAGUCCCUGUUUUAUCUGUACCUGGAUGAUAUAUGCUACUAUCACGACUUCGCCUUGUGGGGGGGAACUCCACAACCGCAAGAGCAAAAGCGACAGGAAUACUCGGGGAAGAAGAAAGACAUCACUCUGUUGAUAAAACAUAUAAGCAAAUACUUGAAGGACGAAGUGCUGCUGAGCAUGCUACACACGUUGUACUUUGGUAUAUGCGUGGACGGCGCUGUUUUGGCUAACUCCACCCAUGGGGGGCAAAAAAACGUGAAACAAAAAGAAGAAAAAAAAAAAAAUCCGCCCGUGUACAUAAGCAAUGCACACAUUUUGGAAGACAUAAAAACGUAUGAAGGUUACUACGAAGUGUACCACAAAAUGGAGAAAAUGCGAAACACAAGUAGGUACACCAUUUUUCUGAGCAGAAUAAGGAAUAAAAUAAAAACGAUAGCAAAUUUGAAGAGCCUAAAUGGAUGUUUCAAAAACUACAUAGCAAAUUUAAAAACAAUUCCUUUUUAUUUCUUUUUGGAUGAUUUUUUCGACACCCCAUGUUAUGUGUACAACAAAUUAAUUAGCAACAUCUUGCGAUAUUAUUACAAAGGAAUAUUUCUCUACUUCAUAAUUCUUCUGGGAUGCAUUCACGUAUUUUUUUCUCCCUUCCCAAUUACGCUGGUACACUUUCGGAGAUUUUUUAUUUAUUUUUUAAUAAUCAUGUAUCGCCUGUUCAUUCUGUAUUUUAUCCCAUCCAUAAUUCAAUACAUUAUUUAUAAAUUUCACUACUUCAAAGAUGAGGAACACAUGCAUAUCUUUGAUUACUCAGAUCACGUAAUUUUAUUUUCCACUCUCUUGUUUAUUAUAUCUCUUGAGACAAAGGCUAUUGAGUAUACCAUCAGACAUCAGAAGGACAGCUCGGAUUACUUCCAUUUUAAGUACAACAGAAAAUUGUGUGUGUUGUUAUUAAAAUUCAUUUUGUUUUAUUACUACGUUCUUAUUUUUUUUUUCCUUUACACAAGUUAUUUUACUUCGAAAUAUUUCCAUACCACCAAUGAAAUUUUCGUUGCUUAUUUUUUUUCCACAUUUUCCAUAUUUUUUAUUUUUUAUUUUUGUUUAUAUAAAAAUUAUUUCAGUUUUUACAGCAUAGGAAUUACUUCCUAUGUGCAAAAGAAUGCCCUCCAUGGUCCCGCCCACUCGUUUCACGCGUCCCCCUACAUUUACAGCGCGUACGCCUCCCUGCGGGACAAGUUCCCCGUGGAGUGA